UAUUUUUGCUUCUUAAAAAAACUUGAACAUGUAAGGAGAUAAUGUAACAGAAGUUCAGUUGAUGGAAUUUUUUUUGCGCGUGACAUCAGAAGAGUAAACUCGUGAUGCAAACUUUGCAUUUUGUGUUCGUUUUGUUGUUACCAGGUCUUCUCGAAGCAAGAUCAUGCAAGGAUGGAAAAUCAAUGAAACCUUACCCUCCAACUGUGAAAAACACGACAGUUCUUUUGCAACAAAUCCGACAGUUAAUGAACACUAGCGGCGUUGAUGGCUACAUUAUCCCGUCUUCCGAUGAUCAUCAGACUGAAUAUGUUGCUCCUUGGUUUAAAAGGCGAGCUUUUAUAACUGGCUUCACUGGAUCAGUAGGUACCGCUAUCAUUACGGCAACGAAAGCUGCGUUGUGGGUGGACGGAAGGUAUCAUGAUCAGGCAGAUAUUGAAGUUGAUUGUAAUUGGAUAAUCCAGAAACAAGGUUUAAAAGGAGUUCCAUCAGAAAGUAAAUGGGUGGCUCAAGAGUUAACAAAAGGAAAAAUACUUGGAGCUGAUCCGAGAGUGAUAUCACUGGUAUAUUAUGAGGCAUUGAUGAAGCAAAUUGGGAAAUCCGUGAGCUGGAAAAAUGUAGACAAAAAUCUCGUGGACCAAGUAUGGACAAAUCGACCAAAUAAAACUCAAAAUCAAAUUUUCAUCCAACCUCUGAAAUACUCAGGUCAAAAAUACACCGAGAAAAUUAAAAAUCUGCGUUCAACAAUGAAAUCUCGCAAUACCGCUGCCAUUAUUGUUCAAGCACUCGACGAUGUUGCUUGGCUGCUCAAUCUGCGUGGAAACGAUAUACCUUACAACCCUUUCUUUUAUGCUUACGUCAUCGUCACGGACUCUAACAUAAGUUUAUUUACAGAUAUGAAGAAGAUAAACGCAAGUGUCAAGAACCAUCUUUGUUUAAAAGACAUGCCGAGCAACAUGUGUGUCAAUAUGAGAGAUUAUGAUUAUGAUCUUCUUGGGAAAUUCAUACAGAAUCUUGUCAACACUAAUGAAACGAUAUGGGUACCUCCAAAAUCAUCGGUGUUCAUUGGUAGUAAAAUCCCUAAGGAGCAAAGGCACGUAGAGUAUUCGCCAAUUCAACUUCCCAAAGCACGAAAAAAUCGAGUUGAAAUUGAGGGAAUGAAAAUUGCAAAUAUUAAGGAUGGUAUUGCAAUCAUGGAGUAUUUUGUCUGGUUGAAGAAGCAAAUUUCUGAAAAGAAAAAAGUGACUGAAAUCACUGGAGCAGAAAAAUUAAGAGAAUUUAAGAGCAAGCAAAAAAAUUACGUCAGUUUGAGUUUUGGAACCAUCUCUGGCUUUGGUGCAAAUGGAGCCAUAAUUCAUUAUAAAGCUGACCAACAUACAGACGCAACGAUCACUGACAAAUCCCUAUAUUUGUUAGACUCCGGAGCUCAGUUCCAUGAAGGUUCGACAGACAUUACACGGACUAUACAUCUCGGUACACCUACAAAAAAACAAAAGGAGAUGUACACAUACGUUCUGAAAGGAGCAAUUGCAUUGGCACGUGCAACAUUUCCUUUCGGCACUUACGGUCGAAAUAUCGAUGUAUAUGCACGUCAGUUCUUAUGGAACAAUGGAUUGGAUUAUAGACAUGGUACAGGCCACGGAAUUGGUUCCUUUCUUAGUAUACAUGAGGGGCCAGGCAGGAUAAAUAAUGGCAGAACAGGUCUUAGCGAAAGUCCUUUAUAUAAAGGAAUGGUUUUCUCAGAUGAGCCUGGGUACUAUCAGUACGGAGAAUACGGAAUUCGAUUAGAAACAGCAAUCUGUGUGAAUGAAAAAGAAACUAAGUACCGAAUGGGAAACCAAUCAUUUUUGGGAUUCCAUUUGUUAACUUGGGUACCAUUCGAAAGGAAGUUAAUAAACAUUGACAUGCUUACUGAAGUAGAGAUUACAUGGUUAAAUAAUUAUAACAAAGAAAUACGACAUAUUAUGGGAACAGAGAUUAAAAAACAGGGCAAAACUGAAGUCUACGAUUAUAUGAUGAAAUUAACCGAACCAUUUAAGAAGCAACAAAUCAGUUCUGCCAAGAUGAACAGUUUUUCUUACGUGUUGGUAUGCUUAUGCCUGAGUUUUGCAUACUUCCUUAAACAAGCAACUCACUAACUUGUCUCAUCACUCUCUUGAUGUGUUCGUUCUAUUGCUUUCUUUAUUCGGUAAAACAUUAGCACACAAUACUAUUAUUACACAACAUGAAAAAGAAUAACAGUUGGACUUGAAAUGUUUUGUGUUGACGGAAUGGUACAACACCUUCAAUGAAUGAAAAAAUCGUUGUAUUCAAGAAAAAUCUCUCUUUGUAUUGUUAUAGAAGUCAUUGAAAAAUUACGUCACGCUUA